GCAGUCUUCCGCUGGCCAUCAGGACGUUCAAAUAGUUUUGCUGUGCUCAACGUCCAAUACACUCGCACUAACGCGAGCGCGGCCAGGCCCAGUCUAUGGUUUUAGAUUUAUAAUUUUUUUCGCCUCAUACUGUGCGAUUUCGUCAAUUGUUUUCAACUAGCGUGUUCAAUUGCGUUCCGAAGCUACAUAUAGCUUAUCCAGAACAGCCACGCCAGCUAAAGAAAUUGAGAUAUAGCUAUAGCGCUCUCGCAGUCGAGUGCCAUUCGACCAUGAGGAUCGUCGCCUUGUACCUUGCCUGCCUUUGGUCGUCUUUGGUCUGUCCCACCUUCGAGAUGGAACAGCCUCACCGCCAGAAACGCCAGCUGGACUGGAAUAGUGGCGGUAGGAUUUAUCAUUUCGAUCAUCUGGCGAUGAGCUCUGACAUCAGCCCCGAACACAGGGCGUCCGGAGAAGAAAGUUCUAGCUCAUCCGAAGAGGAUCCGAAUCCAGUUCAAUCAACUGCAUUGCCAAAGUCUGGAUUACCGGGAGACCCAGGCAUUGACUACCCCAUUUUACCGUCCAUUCCACUGACUGAUUUCCACUGUCGAGGUCGUGCGCCCGGUUUCUAUGGCGAUACUCAAACGGCUUGUCAAGUGUUUCACGUUUGCGACAUGAGCGGCCGACAGGAUUCUUUCCUCUGUCCUAAUGGCACCAUCUUUAGCCAGCAGCUCUUCGCCUGCGAUUGGUGGUACAAUGUCAAGUGCUCCGCCACCCGCCAGCAUUACCAACUCAACAGCAACCUCUUCAAGGGAGGUGAUGUCAAUCUAUAUGGGACGCCAUCGUUCUGGAACUGGUUGAGCGAAUCGGAAGAGGUCCAAUCUAACACCCCAUCACCGAAAGACAAAGGAAGAUCCCAUCAGAAAGCAGCAACCCGGCCUAACAAGUACGUUGAAACUCCAUCACCCGCUGCUCGUGGGCCAUCCGUACAACUUCAGAAGUUCACUGAACCUACGACACAGCAACUAGAAAUAGAACAAUUGCCAGAACCCGCUCCACUGGUCCAGUCCCAACCAGCUGAGCAGUUAUCAGAGCCCGUAGUGGAUUCCGCCGAGCUGCAACCGAUCGGUCCUCCGAAGGUGGAAACUGCCCGCCCAUCGCAAUGGGAAUCCUUCGUUCCUCUAUCCCGACCUGCUCCUCAGGUUGCGGCCACACUGCCACCAUCAUUAUCCGAUGAUCAUGUAGCUUCCCAAGGAUUCACGACCGAUUAUCAAAACCACUAUUUUAAUUGGAUUAACGAAGCUAUUCAUCCAGGCCCCGACAUGGCUCCCGAACUCAGCUGGUCUGACUUGGGUCCAAACGGUCCACUAAUGACUGGCCAUCGUAGUCAGGUGGCUGAUGAGCAAUCAACUGGGCAGCAAUCACCGCCAGUCGAUCGACGCCGCAAAGCUAAACCUGCGGUUCGUCAUACUCAGAAACCCGUUGCUGUUAAGAAACAAACUUUACCUAGGCAGGCGGCUGCCUUGACACCGCCUACUCAACCACCUGCUUAUGUUUCAAAAGCUACUUCGUUUAAGAAACAGAAUACAUCCCCAUCUAAGCAGGUUGCUACGUUACCACCCAUAAAGCCUUCUUCAAAACCAGUAUCUAAACCAGGUGUUUCCAAGGCAUCUCCAUCCCUGAAAGCGACACCGACUUCCACCCCAAAAUCAAAGCCUAGUAAAACCAAACCCAAAGAGAGAUCUUCAACAGUGACUGAGACGUUUGACAGACCUACGGCAAAGAACGACUACUUUAACGAAGACGAAGACGUAGCCCACUAUGAUGACACCUCAAACAAAUCAACGAAUCAAAGAAUACGUGAAGUGAUUGCAAGACAAACCAGCCGCUUCGGUAGCAAACUAAAAAAAGCCGGGAGAACGCAACAAACAGAGUCUCAAGAAACAACGUAUCACGCACAAAGAGAGAAGAAAUUCGUGCCUAGUCCCAAACUGAUGCCGAUCGUGCCCAGCCCACAAAUAAUACCCAACAGAUCGGAUGCUGUAGUAACCAAUCCGUUCACUUGGGUAGUCUCACCUAGCCAGCCGGUGUCAUCUCACAGAACGGAGCCGUUUUGGGGCCAUUCGCCUGCCCGAAAUUUUGCCUACUACCAGCCUCCUACGAGUUCUCCAGUAUCCAGAGCCCAGCAACCGACUCCCGCCGCAAACUGGCUAGUUGGUCCGUCGGUUUUCGAAAACGCGUAUACCGAAAGACGGUCUUCGAAAACGCCAGAGGUAUACCGUCCUUCGGAAGCCAGAUCGCUGGAUCAAUCCUCCCCAUCACUUAGAAAAACACUCGCUUUGGAGCGCAUCCAACCAGCCUUCCGCCCGAGCCAGCCCAUCCCGGCCAUCACUUCAAACAGCCACCAACCGAGGGUAAGAACCCUACGAGCGCAUCCAUCGCCCAAAGGUCGUUCUGCUGGCGUGAAACGAAAACGAAACUCCAAAUCGAAGGCUAUUACUGCUUAUGAUCCAAGGCUGGACCGGCCUUACGGGCAAAACCAUCCCAUCUGGAAGCUGCAAAACUGGGAAUCGACCAAGAUUUGAUGAAACUAUUUUAUCUGUUUUUUUGUUUUUUUUUCUUUUUCCCCAGACCUGAUCCGUCUCUGUUUUGUUUUACCACAAGUUGUUUUACCUACCAUGGUUUUUAGUUAUUUCGACCACUUUUCACACGUUUUUUCAUCGUACUUGUUUCAAACUACCACAAAUCACAGAAAGUUUGUUUUUUAUCAUUACAAAAAAAUUUUGUACGUUCAAAGAAGCCCAUCUAAAGAUUAGUCCUACAAAAUUAUUUCGAUCAAACGAUGCGUGGGUUGAUAAAUAUAACUAAAUA